AUGGCGCAAUACAUGCAAGAUGAACUCGCCUCCCUCUUCCACAACAUGCAAGUCUCCGGACGCUUCGCACAAGACCUCCGGGAGCCGGAGCUUCGACUCCCUCCACAGGAAUCUCCGCAGCAACCGUUCGUGACCGAGAUGUUUCCAGCAGACGAGAAGCUGAAACAGCACUUCGCCCCCAUCCACUACGCAUCCGUACACUACACCCCCACCGCCCACAUCAGACCUGGCGACUCAUACUCCGAGCCUUCGCGGAGUCCUCCGCCCGCAUACCCGGAAGCCAUCAUGCCCGAGGACUUGGCCGACACCCUCCGCCAACAUUCCAUCGACCCUUCCACCCUCCUCCCCAACCAGAUCCAACUCUUCGCCAACGCCCAAUACGAACAGCGUCUCCGGCUGCUGGAGCUGUGGCGCAUCGCCCCACCUUCAUACCCCGUCCAGGCACUCGCCCACAACAUGGAUACCCACCUCACCAGCGUCGAGCUCGAAGAACAGCGCGCGAAACUCCGCUACGAGCAACGGAUGCAGCAGUCCCGGCCCAUCGCCCAACAACAAGACCACCGCUCCAACCUCUCCCAAGCGGCAUCGGACCCCGUCUAUGCCGCCGCCGCUCCCUCGGGCCUCUGGUCCGCACCCGCACACCACACCAACGCACAGCAGCUCGAGGCGCAGUACUAUGAUCAGAUCCGAAACCACGCCGACUGGGAGCGGACGAACGAACGCAUGAUGCAAGAGCGCCUGGGCCGGGACGACGAGAUGGUCAUGUAG